CCAGCAGCUCUCUCGCGCGCGCUCCAAUCAUCAGGCGGCCGCCGCUAGCUGCCUCCAUUUCUUCUUCGUUCCGCCGAUCGAGGGACAUUGGCAGGCAGGCAUGUGGUGAGAAUGAUUGGGAGGGCUAGAAGAUUGGUUGGUUGGUUAGAGCUGCAGAGCAUCAUGUGGCGGCCGUCAACUGAUGGUCGUCUAAGUAUAGGCAUCAGCUGGUGCGCCUAGGCAGGCGUCGCCUCUCCUGCAGGCGCGCCGGCCCUCCGCGCGCGCGCGUCCGUCCCGCGCCUGCCCAACUUUAUCCUCCCCUCCCCGAGCCCCACAAACACCUCCGGCCGGCGCGCGGUGGUGGCGCAAACGCUUGCCACCACCCUCUCCCGGUCCGGUCCCCAUGGCGCGGGCCUGGACGACGAUGGCGGCCUCCACCGCCCUCCAGCUGGCGCUGCUGCUCGUCGCGUUGGCGGGGGCGUCGGGCAUCCGGGUCGACGUCAUCCGCCUCCCCUCGGCGCCGGCGUUCCGCGAGGCCCCCGCGUUCCGGAACGGCGACGAGUGCCCGCCGCGGGGCUCCCCGGAGGGCCGCGUCGACGUCGCCAUGACGCUGGACGCCAACUACCUGCGCGGCACCAUGGCGGCCGUCUUCUCCAUCCUGCAGCACACGGCGUGCCCGGAGAACGUCGCGUUCCACUUCCUCGCGGCGGCGCGCCGGCGCCGGGACGACGGGCCGGACCCGGACCCGCUGGCGGCGAUCCGCGCCACCUUCCCGUACCUGGACCCCACCGUGCACCGCUUCGACCCGUCGCGGGUGCGGGGCCGCAUCUCCCGCUCCGUGCGCCACGCGCUGGACCAGCCGCUCAACUACGCCCGCAUCUACCUCGCCGACACGCUCCCCGCCGACGUGCGCCGGGUCAUCUACCUCGACUCCGACGUCGUGGUCGUCGACGACGUCCGCAAGCUCUGGUCCGUGGACCUGGGCGGCCACGUCGUGGCGGCGCCCGAGUACUGCCACGCCAACUUCACCAAGUACUUCACCGACGCCUUCUGGUCGGACCCGGAGCUCAGCGCCACCUUCCGCGGCCGCCGGCCCUGCUACUUCAACACGGGCGUGAUGGUGAUGGACGUGGCCAGGUGGCGCCUCGGCGGCUACACCCGGCGGGUGGAGGAGUGGAUGGCGGUGCAGAAGCGGAAGCGGAUCUACCACCUGGGCUCGCUGCCGCCGUUCCUGCUCGUGCUCGCCGGCGACAUCAAGGCCGUGGACCACCGGUGGAACCAGCACGGGCUCGGCGGCGACAACAUGGAGGGCAGGUGCCGGAGCCUGCACCCGGGGCCCAUCAGCCUGCUGCACUGGAGCGGCAAGGGCAAGCCGUGGCUGCGCCUCGACUCCAGGAAGCCCUGCACCGUCGACUACCUCUGGGCGCCCUACGACCUCUACAAGGCUGCGGCGACCUCGCUCGAGGAGUGAUCGAUCGAGUCCAGAAAUGGUGGCGCGCGCGGCAAGCGAUCGAUCGAGCUAGCAGAUGGGAUGGGAGCGUGUCGAGUCAUCCGGAGGGCAGACGACGGCCGCGCCGAUCGAGGGGGAGAGAGAGGAAGCUAGCACCUACCAGAGAUGAUGAUGAUGAUGAGCAGUGCUCAACUAGCGCAUGCGCAUGCAAUGCAACGAACUCCUGCACACUUGGGUUGGGUCUCGUCUCGAUCGAGGUGUGCUUGCGUGCGAUGCAAUGCCAGUGCGGCGAAAUCCUAUCCGAGUCGGGGUGUGGAUGGAAGAAGGGGGGAGCUGGCCGGAGGAAGAAGAUGAUCCGAUCCGAGGGUGAUGAUCGACGCGAUUGCCGAGUAGGAGGGGAUCGAUGAGCAAGGCCUCCUGUUUUGGGUUCUCACGUACGGACACAAUUCGAUCGAUCGGUCUGCCCUUGGUUGGACUACUCGUCGUGUUUGUAUAGGUCAUGUGGUCAGUGGGGCUGGGGUGUUUGUAAAGAGAUUAGGGGUGGUGCAGUGGGAGAAUACACUAACAAAAGCAUGUUGUAUGUUUGCGUGUACUAUACUGAACACACACACACACACACAAAACAGAGAAAUCAA